AUGGCCCUUCCACUACCGCCCGCGUCGAACCUCCACUCCAUCCUUCUCGUCACCAAGUCGCGCUCGCUUGGGCCGCGCCUUGUCUUCCAUUAUCCGCCGCUGUCGCCGUCGGCCGCAGCCCUUGCCGGCGCAAAAGACCCCGCUUGGUAUCGUCACGACGUGUCAACUGCCAGCAUCGGCUCCGGCAGCUCCGACAGCGAAUGGGACAGCAGCACCGCGACAGACGAUGACAAUGACGUUGAAAUCGGGAGUCGCACCAGUGGUGGGCGUGGUUCGGGGCGGACACUGACAGGCGCAAGCUUUCGCGACCGCGACCGGAGCAAGCUCGGCACCGAGGUCUGGAACAAGCAGGAGACGAUAGACGAGGAUGAUCCCGACGAUGAAGAUGGUGAUAGAAAUGGUCGGAACAGACGGAGAGGAGGCGACUACGACUGGGAUACAGUACUCGGUUUCAAGACCGAUGCGCUUGAGAAGAUGCUCAGUCCAGGCAAAGAGUUCAACAAGCGACGCUUCGAGCUCGGUGUCGAGAGCAUAGUCUUUGUGGGCGCGCCUAUGUUUGUACGAGAGGAUGGUCUGUGGAAGAAGCUCAAACGUCGGAAGAAGAAGCGGUCCGACAAGGAGAAGCUUGACGACGCUGAUUUCGUGAAGAACCUGACAAUAUCUGAGGAAGACGAGGAAGCUGACACGGUCGAUGAGAUCCCCGUGAAGUCGAAACCGGAGCCUUUUGUCUAUCCCGAGGGCUUCGAGCCUGGUUAUGGCCAUGGAUCAAUCUCCAGCGGGCCAUCUGGGGCUCCGUCUGAAGCUGGGUCGGAUGCCCGCAGCAACUCCACCAGCCAGGAUAACAACCCUGACAUGAACAUGUUCAAUGUCGUGUUCGUGCUCAACCCGCCUGCGCUGGAAUACCAGCAACGUGUCAAGGAGAUGUACGAUAAUGUGACGCGCAAAUAUGCGAAGGCGCUCAAGUACGAGGAAGCGCGCUUCCAGUAUGUCUGGAAAGAGUCGAAGCGCAUCAUUGACCUUAAGCAGCGUGCCAAAGAAAGCAACGAGUCACUGACAUCGACGUGGCGCAAGAUCAUUUCCACCUCCCCACUAGCCAAGUCGAUUGCUAUCAUGUUCGACGCCAUAUCUCAUGACAAGAUAGCGCACAUUCACUUCGAUGCCACAUUCAACACCUCCUUCCAGAUACCGCAAGCGGAUUCAACACCAUAUCUCCCUACUGCGCUUGAACCGCAGAUGCCUGGCCUAUGGCUUACUACAUCAAACGUUGUACUGGCAGACGACGAAUCGCCGAUGACACAGCACGCUGCACUGUUGCUGCUUGAAGACACAGAAACAUUGAUUAAGGAUCUUGGCGGCGAGGUGACUGGCAACGCAGCAGCCAUUGCAUUCUACAUCCGCAAUAUUAUACCCACGAAAUCACUUCUGAAGAUAUCGAAGCGGCACAAUAUCUCUGCGCAUGACAUGGAAUACAUAGCAUCGCAUUUGGUAUACUGGCGCCGUGCUCGACUCAUCGCCCCGCUUUCACCGCGCGACACUUACAUCGUGUCGCCGAAUGCGGACUUCUCAUUGUUGCCGUCCGCAGUGACUGCAUAUGCGCAGCGCUUUCCCACUCUACCAACACUACCAAAAGUGCUCAACAUGCUGUCUGGCACUCCUCGACCAUUUCGCAACUUUAUCCCCACCACGGAGCAUCGCGAAGCCUACAUGGAUAUCUUGGCAUGGCUCAUGCGAGGCGGGUGGGUCACGCAGCUACGCACAUUUGCUUGGGUGCGGGUCACGCCUGAGAUCAAAGCAAAGGUCGCAGCCGAGAUGGAGCGUGAAGAACGCAUCAAGAAAGCAGAGGAAGCAAGAAAAGAACUGUUGAGUGACAACGAGUCAGUCGCCGAGUCCCUCCUGUCAGACAAGCGUAGCAGUCUGCUUUCCGCGGGAACCGUCCGAUCUUCAACACCUCUGAGGAUGGCACAUCGUGAUAGGGGUACAGGCGGAUUGGGCGAAGAAGAUAUGCAUCACAGCACAAUACUCAGCCCACGCAUAACGGCGUCAGCUGCACCGAGCUAUCGCGGAUCACCCACCCGAGCCUCUUCUGACGCAGGGAGUACGAGUAGUCAACGCACCACGAUCGCACUCAGCUCUUCGCAACGUCCGGAUUCGCCCUCUCGAUUAGGCGUUCGAGACGUGAAGCCACACCGACCUAGUCCGCUGCAUCUCCACCCUACCUCGCCGUCCCGCGGAUCCGCGGUUUCGUUGGCAUCACCCACCGCAACAUCGCCCCCACCAUCUCCGAAAGACUUUAAGCCUUCUAUCGUGUACAGCCCCCAGAAGGCAACGUCUCUUGAAGCAAGAUGGCUCGAGAAGAUUGGGCAGAGUUUUGAAGAUGUCGGCAACAUUAUUCCUACUCCGAAUCCUAGUCCGCCGAAAGGUCAGGAUGGCGGUAUGUUUGGGAUCACGGGGAAGGAGCUACGAGAGGCUUGGCCAAUACUGUUGAAGCAUUUGGAUGGCAGACACGCGAUCGAGGAUGUUGCGCCCAGAGAAAAUAUGAAGAGGAAGAGAGUUGCAGCAAUGUACAAUACGAUCAAGGAGCGCGGAUGGCUAGUUGUUGUUAGGCAUUGGUAGUCAAUUGCAUGGUCGAGAGCCUGAUUCACUUGAAA